UCAGGCAUCACCGCAUCAGCCGUAAAAGUAACGCCCGUCUCCGUUAACUUGCAGAACAAGACGGGCUCACUCACAGUAGAGAGAUCGAAGAGAGAGAGAGAGAUGAACUCAGAUUACGGCGUUCCUCGUGAGCUCUCGGAGGUCCAGAAGCAGAGAGCUCAGUAUCAGCCAGAGAUCCCCCCUUGCCUUCAGGGUACUACUGUGAGAGUCGAAUUUGGUGAUGGGACAACCACUGCAGAUUACUCUUCUUCGCAUGUGAUUAGUCGGGCCUUCCCCCAUACAUAUGGCCAGCCUCUGGCUCAUUUUUUGAGGGCAACAGCAAAGGUCACUGAUGCCCACAUCAUUUCAGAGCAUCCUGUCAUCAGGGUUGGUGUUGUGUUCUCUGGAAGACAAUCCCCUGGAGGACAUAAUGUGAUUUGGGGUCUUCAUAAUGCCAUUAAAACUCAUAAUCCUACUAGUGUUCUGCUUGGAUUUGUUGGUGGCACUGAAGGUUUAUUUGCUCAGAAAAGUUUGGAAAUUACAGAUGAACUUCUCUCUACUUAUAAAAACCAAGGUGGUUUUGAUUUACUUGGCCGGACGGUUGAUCAAAUCAGAACAACUGAACAAGUGAAUGCUACGAGAGCUGCUUGCAUAGCUCUGAAGUUGGAUGGUCUUGUCAUUAUAGGAGGAGUCACUUCCAAUUCAGAUGCUGCUCAGCUAGCAGAGAGCUUUGCUGAGACUAAGUGUUCAACAAAGGUGGUAGGUGUUCCUGUUACCUUGUAUGGGGAUCUCAAGAAUCAGUUUGUUGAAAUGAAUGUUGGUUUUGAUACGAUAUGCCGGGUUAAUUCACAGAUUAUAAGCAAUAUCUGCACGGAUGCACUCUCUGCAGAGAAGUAUUAUUACUUUGUUCGCCUGAUGAGUCGCAAGGCCUCUCAUGUAGCUUUGGAAUGUGCACUCCAGUCACACCCAAAUUUGGUCAUCCUUGGAGAAGAGGUUUCCUUGUCAAAACUUACCAUUUUUGACAUUACUAAACAGAUCUGUGAUGCAGUUCAAGCAAGAGCUGAACAAGAUAAAUACCAUGGGGUUGUUAUCAUCCCCGAGGGGCUUAUAGAAAGUAUUCCAGAAGUAUAUGCACUGUUGCAGGAAAUUCACGGUCUCCAGCGCCAAGGUGUUUCAGUUGAGAAUAUUUCUUCUCAACUUUCACCUUGGGCAUCUGCCUUGUUUGAAUUUUUGCCACCAUCCAUCAGGAAACAGCUGUUGUUGCUUCCAGAAUCAGAUGACUCUGCACAAUUAUCUCAGAUUGAGACAGAAAAACUUCUAGCUCAUUUAGUGGAAGCGGAAAUGAACAAGAGGACAAAAGAGGGAACGUACAAAGGAAAGAAAUUCAAUGCCAUAUGUCACUUCUUUGGCUAUCAAGCUCGAGGAGCUUUACCAUCAAAAUUUGACUGUGACUAUGCUUAUGUCCUGGGACACAUAUGCUAUCAUAUAUUGGCUGCUGGUUUGAAUGGCUACAUGGCUACUGUCACAAACUUGAAACAGCCGGCCAAUAAGUGGCGAUGUGGUGCUGCUCCAAUUACAGCAAUGAUGACUGUGAAGCAAUACAUUGGAGCCACUCCAAUUGGAAAACCUGCUCUCCACCCCGCCACGAUUGAUUUGAAAGGAAAAGCAUACCAGUUGUUUAGAGAGAAAGCGUCAAGUUUUCUCUUGGAUGACAUAUACAGAAACCCGGGACCAAUGCAAUUUGAAGGACCAGGUGCUGAUGUGAAACCAUUUACAUUGUGUGUGGAAGACCAAGAUUACAUGGGUCGGAUCAAGAAGCUUCAGGAAUAUCUAGAGAAGGUGAAAAGCAUCGUGAAACCUGGUUGCUCACAAGAAGUUCUUAAAGCUGCUCUGAGUUCUAUGGCCUCUGUCACCGAAGUUCUUAGCGUAAUGUCUGCUCCCUCAUUCAACGGCCAGAUACCGCUCUAAAUAUUGUCGAAACCUUGUUCAUUUGUUAUUCCCUCCUUCGAAUGAACCACCUAUUUGAGCUCUCGUACCUUGACGACGGGCAUCCAACAGUUUUGGUGGUGGCGAGUGAUUUUAUUUUUCCAUUGAUGUAUUUUGAAGUAUAUGAAAUAAGGAUGCAAGGAUGCAUGUAUUUUAGCUCUCACAGCAUUACUAUACUAUGUGCGGCCAGAAUCUCGUUUGUUGUGAACAAAAGUAAGUAGAGAGAACUUCAGUUUCUAUAUUAUUUGGCUUGGCCGUUGACUUUCUGAUGUGAAAGUAAGCUAAUGUGCGGUAAA